AUGUUUGUAUUCAUAAUGGGGUAUACCACCACCUUUUUGAUAUUCUUUCUCCUUUCCGGUGAUUUGAUGUUGUGUUUUUUUGACUGUUUUGUUUUGUUUUUUUUUCUUUCACCCUUCGGUUCUCGUCUUUUCCCUUCGAGUUUCGCAUUGACGUCCGUUUGUUGUUCUCCACCUCAGCUUCCUGUUCCGAAAACACGCGCUCAAGUUGUAAGUGAUGAACUUAUCAUCGUUUACAUUGUUUUCGGUAGUGAACACACUUCAGAUGUGGUGCAACUGCGAAAAAAAAAAAGAAUGCCGGUUUCUUGGUCGGUCUUGAAUUUCGACCAUACAAUGGUUUCGCUUCUGGACGCCGGCGACUGUAUCAAAGUCCCAGAGACAUCGCAUCGAGAUAACAAAAAGAAAAAACAAAGUAUGUCAACUGCCAACAUAAAAGCCAACAUGAACCUGAAAAAAAAAGGAUUCACAGCUUUUACCGCUUGA